AACGCUGACCUUUGUGCCGGGAGUUUCUAUCUAGGCCCCUCAUUGCCAGCAGCCACAGCAAUCUCCCUGCAGCCUGUCAGGGAAAUCAUUCUGCAAUGACGUGACCUGCAAUUCCACAGGCAGGCUCCCUGCAAUUUCUCAAUUAGCUUAAAAUCCUCAGAAGAAACAAUUAACGGAGAGCUGUGGAUUGUUUUGUGCACACAGAGGUGAACCACAAAUGAGGUGGCACAGAAGAGCAGGGCUGACUGUGCACGGGCCGCUAGAUGGCAGCCAGGAGCAGCUGCAUCAUAGCCCACCGGGAACAGGCUAGGAAAGCACUGUGUGCAAAGCCCCGAGGAGAGUUGCUGGCUCCCUAGAACGGCCGCUCUGCCCUCUACGGCCGGUCCAAGGCAGGGCCAGUGCUCUGAGUUCUGCCCUGUCUCCAGGCCAGCAACAACACAGCUUUGUGCCACCUGAGAGCAAUACUUUACCGGGGCAGACAUCUAGGAUCUGACCCUGAUGGCCUUGAGCAAGAUGGAGGGUCUGGAACACGACGAAGGUGAGCGCUUGGCUGUGGACUACGUGGAGGGGAUUCUGCAGCCCACGCCCACCUGUGACACCUGGGUGCAGAUCUGGAACUUCCAAGCCCGGCCUGACGAUCUGCUUAUCGCUACCUAUCCGAAAGCAGGAACAACCUGGGUGCAGGAGAUCGUGGACUUUAUACAAAGUGAGGGUGAUGCUGACAGAUGCCAUCGAGCACCCAUCCAUGAUCGAUUUCCCUUCAUCGAGUGGAAAAUCCCAUUCCUGGAAUCUGGCUUGGAACAAGCAGAAGCAAUGCCCUCCCCACGGACCCUGAAGACGCACCUCCCCAUAGGCUUGCUCCCCCCAUCCUUCCUGGAGAAAAACUGUAAGAUAAUCUACGUGGCAAGAAACCCCAAGGACAACAUGGUGUCUUAUUACCAUUUCCAUCGGAUGAAUAAGGCUCUUCCUGCUCCAGGAACCUGGGAAGAGUAUUUUGAGAGUUUUCUGGCCGGGAAAGUGUGCUGGGGCUCCUGGUACGACCACGUGAGGGGCUGGUGGGACGCCAAGGACCAGCACCGCAUCCUCUACCUCUUCUAUGAGGACAUGAAGGAGAACCCAAAGCGUGAAAUCCAGAAGCUGGCAGAAUUUAUUGGAAAGAGCCUAGAUGAUGAAAUUCUGGAUAAAAUCAUCCAUCACACUUCAUUUGACGUCAUGAAGCAGAACCCAAUGGCAAACUACUCAUCAGUUCCGGCUAAAUUCAUGAACCACUCUAUCUCUCCAUUCAUGAGAAAAGGGACCGUGGGAGAUUGGAAGAAUCACUUCACUGUGGCCCAGAAUGAGAGGUUUGAUGAAGACUACGGGAAGAGAAUGGCCGACACCACGCUGACCUUCCACUUCCAACUGAAAAAGAGCCAGAUUCAACCGGUGUAAACAUUGAUGCCUCAGACCACAGGACAGUGGCUUUGUGAGGUCAGAGUCAUGCUUCUUGUGAUGGAGCGGGGGUCAAGGACAGGUGGGAGGGACAGGAUGGCAGCCUUACAAUCACGGCAUCAUUGCUACUUAUCACAUAGUUAAGCUUUCCACAGAUCAUGUGCUCAUUAACUAAAAAUGCUUCCGUCCUCACAUAAGAAUACACUAAAGUUUGCAGAGUAAGGGUUGGCUCAAGCUUUUUUAAAAUGCAGAACUAAAAUGUGUAGAUAAUUACUAUUUCUUCCAGCAAUUUCUUGGCAGCCAAGUAACUACCGAGUGACUCUGUUUCCCCAUAGAACUUUCGAACCACUCCAGGCUCCUAACUGUGUGCUUCAUCCCCAUCUCUCACCACAGCCUCUGGACCUAACUGGACUCAUACCCCACCCCCGCCACCCACCCUACCCUGGCCAAGGCUACAAUACAUCCUGGAGUCACAUCAAGACUCAGCUCCCUCCCGCGCCUCUGCAAUCAUACUCUAAUCCAUCAGUGAUAUCUGUCUGUUUUACUUCCAGGAAGUCUCAUUUUUACAGCCAUCCUUCUGGUUUAGAAGCCUUUCCCUGGUGCCCAAAAACUACCUAACUCAUUCUCCAUUCAUUGGACAUCCCCCAAGGUUAUUUUCCCCAGACAAGACUCAUUAUAUUUCUCUUUAGUUCAGGGUCCUUCAAUGAUUCAGAAUGUUCACUGCCUGGAAGAGAAAUCCCACACUUUUUAGCCAUCAAUUCAAAGGCAGCGACAGCCGUACAGCAUGGUCGAUUCUAUCUACUUUCCAGCUGGAUUUCAUACCAGGCACCUCCAGACUCUGGCACAUGGAGCCACUCACUGGUCCCAAGCACAUCUUGCAGGUUCCCAGCCUCGUAGUUUUAUUUUCACCCUACCAUUUCUUUUUCCUCUCUCUUUUUAGGGCUGCACCCACGGCAUAUGGAAGUUCCCAGGCUAAGGGUCAAAUCAGAGCUGCAGCAGCUGCCGGCCUAUACCACAGCCACAACACUGCAGGAUCCAAGCUGCAUCUGCCACCUAUGCUGCAGCUCACAGCAACACCGGAUCCUUAACCUACUGAGUGGGGCCAGGGGUCGAACCUGCAUCCUCAUGGAUACUAGUCAGGUUCUUAAUUGGCUGAGCCACAGCGGGAACUCUUCGCCCUGCCUCCUCUUGACAAGUCCUGUCCUUUCUUCCUACCUACCCAACACACCACAUGCUCAACAUCUAGCCCAGGCCUGGCCUCCUGCCUUCCCACCAAUCCUGCAACCUGAAGAGACCAUCUGCUAAGUCCUUUAGAACAAUUUUUAAUAUAAUUUUUCUAUGCUUAUAUGCUUAGUAUAAUUCUAUGCUAUAAUGCUUAGUAUAAUUUUUCUAUACUUAAGAUUAAAGUGUAUCAUGGUAUCUCG